AUGGAGUGUUUGGGACAAAUCGAGGCUGUAAAGGAAAAAAUUAAAACUGCGUCUGUAGCUGCGAUAAGGUCUUUGCAUAAAUUCAUCUUCCAUGAUGAAGGAGAUCGAAGUAAUCGCAAAAGGGUGAGAAAUUUUGAAGGUUUUGCGUUUGCCAUUGAUUCGGAAGAAUAUACAGCGCAAUUAGAAUAUGCCAGACGGUUAACUACCGGUGAUCUUAUUUCAAGUUGUAACGUUUUGGGCAUUGAUUUUACGGGAAGUAAAGAAGAAAUAAUAGUACGUAUGUGCAGCGCUCUAAUGGAUUUGAAUCAGUUAGUAAAACCGAAUGAUGAAGAGGAAGAGAAAGAGGGUGAGGAAGAUGAUGAUAAAAAUGCUGCUGAUGAAAUGGGAAACGACAGUGGUAGUGAACGUGAUAUCGAAGUAACCCCAGCACGGCAACAAGAAAGAGACGUUAAUUUUGCUUUCGGUUUUAAAGAUAUGGAAAACACGUUGCGCACUUUCGAUGGUAGUAACGCGUAUCCGGUGGAAAAGUGGAUAGAAGAUUUUGAAGAAGCGGCUGAAAUCUUUCAAUGGACAGAAUUACAAAGAUUAAUAUUUGCUAAAAGAUCUUUAUCGGGGUUGGCAAAGUUAUUUAUUCAGAGUGAGCGUGCCAUUAAUUCGUGGUGCAAAUUGAAAAAUGCGCUAAAAAAAGAAUUCGUCUCUAAAGCGAACAGUGCACAAAUUCAUAAGAUGUUGUCCAAACGAAAACUCCUCGCAUGAAAGUG